AUGCAAAACGGCAUCCCGAACGGCCCAUCACCCGAAGAUGAAUUCAUAACACCGGUUCCUGAUUCUCCACGCCUCGAGGCACCUGUCCUGGAAAAUCCGUCCGAUUCUGGCCCCUACGAGUCCCUCCCUUCCGAGCCGAAAGACGAUGAAGCUAUCCAUCAACUUGACGAACCCCCAUCCAAGAAACGAAGGCUUACAGAUACCACACCGUCACGGCGAUCUACGCCCCGACCACCUUCCCCGCCCUGGAAGAGGGUUGGGGUAGAGGGUCCGACCUCGUUUGUGGUGGAGGGCCGUCGCAGGUCUUCGCGGACUAACACGGUUCCUCUGGAACUGCAGCCUCAAUCCGAUAAACGACAUACGCGGGCCGCGCAGCAUCAGUAUGCGCAUAGGAAUGCUCGUGAUGGUGCGAAGCCUGCCACAUCUUCACCGCUGGCUAUGACUCAGUCGCGUGCUCAGGUCAAUGGAAAGCUUAGUGGCAAGGUGGCUAUCAAUGGGUCACCCCGGACCGGAUCCUCCAGGAACGCCAUCGCCAGUAAACAACAGCCAGCGUCGCAGUCGCCUGCACCGAAGCAGAUCCCUUCUCGCACGCGAUCUCGAAGCUCCGCCACCCUACAUCGCCCGCGUCCUAGCUUGAAUGGCGCCAGUCCCCGCCAACUCCGAGAUCGGUCCUCCCUCUCUACGACCUCCCCAUCGGCUAUCGAUACUCUUGACAAUGUGCACAGUAAUAAUGGGGAGAUCUAUGAAGGAUCACUCAAAGUCCCUCGACUUCGAAUCAAAGUCAAGAAGCCGGUCCUUCCGAUCCGACAUCCUGGCCACGUGUCAAAUAAGAAAUACGAUUCUUUCAAAGAAUGGGUGGAUCGCGAGGACGCGCCGAGUUUAUUAUCUUCGGAGGAAGCCUUGGCGGAGGCCCGGAGGCGACGCGAAGUCGUUGAUGCGGCAGAACCUGGGGGUUUGUUAAGCUCGGAGGUCUGUUCAGCAUAUAUCACAGACCAGCAGGAAGAGCCGCCCCCACAGUACUCGCAUCAUGACCACCUCGUGUCGCACGCAAUAUAUUUCCAAAAACUGCUGGAGAAGGAACAUAAGCGGCAUCGCCAAAUGGCCAAGCUAUUUGCUCAAUGGUGUGCUGAUGCUUAUCGAAAACGCCACAAGAACCCGGAGGAUAUUCUUCGAGAGCAGCAGGAGGAAGUGCGUCUGAAACGCAAGCAGCUAUUCAAAGACCUGCAGAAGAUGUUUGACUUGACCCGCGCGGAAAUUGAUCGGGCCCGCUUGGCGCGAUGGGAAGAAGAGCGAAAGGUCCAAGAUCAGCAGGCUCUCGACCGAGCUAUUAAAAAGUCUACGGCGCUCUUUGAAAAACGCCGGUCUGAAAUUCUGGGCGAGAUACCAAGUGAUGCUCUCGCUACGAGCGAAGGCGAAGAGGAUGGCGAUUCGGAUUCUAUGUUAGGAUCUUCCGGUUCCGAAAAUGAAAGCAAUAUGUCGACAUCCGAAUCCGAGACUGAUGAUGAAGCAAACAUGGAUGAUGAUGCCGCGUUGACCGCCGACGAACUUCGAUUGAAGUAUGCCAAUCUACCAGACGAGGACAUCAUGGAUGAUGUUUCAGUAACUUCUGGCGCCCCGACAUCCGCCAUUGAUAGCGAAGUUGUACCUGAUGAUACCGAUUCUCAGGCCAUUCCAGAAGAUACCCAGUUAGACGACGUUGAUCCACUUUUGAUGGAUGACAGCGACGAAUCAACCGAUAUGGAUGAUGACAUGGGUGAUAGUGAUGAGGGAGACGAUUCGGGCGAUGAAGAGGAUUCCGAAGAGGAAGAAGAUGAUGGCCCUGGGUUGUUCGGUUUUUUCUCAAAAGAAAUUGCUGCUUCCAAAGAAGAUGACGGAGAGGAUGAAGCAAUGGAAGAAGAACCGGAAGAUCAGGAGGUAGAAUUUGAGGACCCGGAUGAGGUUUCUCUUAUCCCGAAUGGACACGACUCAUCGCGUGAGGGCACACCAUUAGAAGUUGUUGAAGCAUCAGCUGAGGAUACUCCCAUUGACACCGAAAAUGUUUCGACCAUUGACACACCCAUGGACGAUCAGAAUACUGAGCUCAGUCCGCCCGAUCUUACCACUGCCUCCGAAACUCCUGCCUUACCAGAUGAAUCAGACCAGCCCCAGGAAAUAGAUAUCGUGCCUAUCAAUGAUUCUCACCCAGGGGAGAUAUCCAGUGAGGCAUCUCCGGGAACAUUUGCGACCAAGCCAUCGGAACCCGAAUCGGUUUCCUCAUACGACCCGGCAAUCGAGAAAUCAUUACAGGCAAGCCAUUCACCUGCCCCCGGCUUGAAGACACCAAUUCCACAUCUCUUGCGUGGAACGUUGCGUGAAUAUCAGCAUUACGGCCUGGAUUGGCUUGCUGGCCUCUACAACAACCAUAUCAAUGGUAUUUUAGCAGAUGAGAUGGGUCUCGGAAAAACUAUUCAGACAAUUGCUUUGCUCGCCCAUCUUGCUGUCGACCACGGCGUCUGGGGCCCCCAUCUUGUGGUUGUUCCGACUAGUGUCAUGCUCAACUGGGAAAUGGAGUUCAAGAAAUGGUGCCCAGGCUUCAAGAUCAUGACUUAUUACGGUAACCAAGAAGAGCGUAAGGCCAAACGCCGUGGCUGGAACGAUGAUAACACCUGGAAUGUGUUGAUCACCUCGUACCAAUUAGUCCUGCAGGACCAACAGUCUCUUAAGAGGAGGAGCUGGCACUACAUGGUUCUAGACGAGGCGCACAAUAUCAAGAACUUCCGGUCGCAGAGAUGGCAGGCCCUUCUCACGUUCCGGACUCGAGCAAGGCUUCUUUUGACCGGUACUCCGCUGCAGAACAAUUUGACAGAAUUGUGGUCAUUACUGUUCUUCCUCAUGCCCUCAGACGAAAAUGGCAACGGUGUCGAGGGGUUCGCGGAUCUGAGAGACUUCUCUGAGUGGUUCCGACGACCAGUGGAACAGAUCCUCGAACAUGGAAGAGAGACGAUGGAUGAUGAGGCCAAGCAGGUGGUCACCAAGCUUCACACCGUUCUUCGUCCUUACAUUCUUCGUCGUCUGAAGGCAGAUGUCGAGAAGCAAAUGCCUGGCAAGUAUGAGCAUGUUGUCUACUGCCGACUUUCAAAACGACAAAGAUUCCUCUACGAUGGCUUCAUGUCAAUGGCUCAGACAAAAGAAACUCUUGCAUCGGGCAACUUCCUCUCCAUUAUUCACUGUCUCAUGCAACUUCGCAAGGUCUGCAACCACCCUGAUCUCUUCGAAACCCGGCAGAUUUCUACCUCAUUCGCUAUGCCACGGUCUGUGGCUUCAGAAUACACCAUGAAGGAAUCCCUUGUUCGAAGAAGGCUUCUUUUCGACCACCCUCUCACCAAAGUUGAUCUAGAUUUUCUCAACCUUGCACCAGUAUCUAGAGAAGAUAUCUCGCGACGUCUGGCUGAUGACAGUAUUCGGCUGAUGGCUUUUGGACCUUUCAACACUCUUCGUGAACGUCAGUACAAACGAACCAAUUGGACGAUGGGCUUUGAUGGAUCCAACAUGGAAACAAUCUUGGAGUCUUUGGAAAAUGCUUGUCGCAAGAGGAGAAUGGCCGAGCUAGAGCGAUGUUUGUACUUUGAGUCCAAACGUCAUGGUCGACGCCCUGUGUAUGGUAGCAGUUUGAUUGAGUUCUUGCGAGCUGGAACUAAGGAGCACGCACUCUCUAACGCACCUCUUCGAAAGCGCAACAUGGCCGAGUGGCUGUCAAGCCGAUCAUCUGUUCUUGCUUCCAUGAUCCUGAGUAUAGAGGAACGAGCUCUCGAAAUGGAUGGCUACGUGCAGAGGUUCGCUUGUGUGACACCCGCCGCCGUCGCUUCAGGCACAACCGAGGCUGCACUGACCCCCGUGGAGACGCGCCUUCUGACCAACACCUCCAAAGACCAGCCUUACGACCCCUUCCACGAAGCUCGGAUGCGCCUCUCAAUUGCUUUCCCGGACAAGAGAUUGCUGCAAUACGACUGCGGUAAGCUCCAGCGUCUGGAUAAGCUCUUGCGCGACCUCAAAGCCGGCGGUCAUCGGGCCCUCAUCUUCACGCAGAUGACCAAGAUGCUGGAUAUCCUUGAACAAUUCCUCAACAUUCACGGCCAUCGCUAUCUUCGACUUGACGGCACAACGAAAGUUGAGUCACGACAGAUGCUUACCGAGAGGUUCAACAGCGACCCUCGCAUCUUGGCUUUCAUUCUGUCCAGUCGAUCAGGUGGUCUGGGUAUCAACUUGACAGGUGCCGACACCGUUAUCUUCUACGACCUGGACUGGAAUCCGGCCAUGGACAAGCAAUGUCAAGACCGUUGUCACCGUAUCGGUCAAACCCGGGAUGUGCACAUCUAUCGAUUUGUGUCCGAGUACACCAUCGAAUCCAACAUUCUGCGCAAGGCCAACCAGAAGCGUAUGCUGGACGACGUCAUCAUCCAAGAGGGUGAGUUUACCACGGAUUACUUUACGAAGAUGAACGUGCAAGGCAUGAUUGAGGGCGACGAGCGCGAUGGCCACGACGAGGCCAGUGCUGCCAUGGAUCGCGUCCUCGGCAAUCGCGUAGCCAGUGGCACUCGUGCUUUCGAACAGGCCGAGGAUAAGGAAGAUAUCGAUGCAGCCAAAAACGCGCAGAAGGAACUCGAGCACGCCGACGAUGGCGACUUCGAGGACCGCAGCAUCUCACAUGGCACGCCCGCGCAAGCCGGUACGCCAUUGGCCAUUGCCGAUGAUGGAACGCAGCAGCCUAUAGACCCAUCGGCCCCAUUACCCGAGGAAAAUGAAGAUGGCGAACCGCAACUGGGCCACAUCGAUGACUACCUACUCCGUUUCAUGGAAUGGAACAUGCGUGACGAGCCCCUGGUGUUGCCCCCGGACAAGAGCAAGAAGAAAUCCAAGAAGGGCAAGGAGCACCGGGUCAAUCGACGUCGUUGA